AUGCGCACUUUGUCCGCUUAUCCACCUCUUGCUGCGUAUGUGAGGCCGCUGAAGGAAAUAGACUGCGAGAGGAGCAGGUCAUACGCGAUCUAUGCGACCGGACAGCGCGACCUCGACAGGGCCGACCUCAUCACAAGGGCGCGGAGGCUGCUGGUACGGACAUAGACGCCCUUGUGUAUAUGUGUGGAACAGCUACACGAGAUGUCUGUGUGUGUGCUGUGCUGUGCUGCAGGCGUUGAGUAUCAUGAGGGGCGUGCCGCCCAUGUACACAUACUGAUCAUCAGUGCGUGUUUCAUGCUGCCUGUGUGGAUCAGUGUCAAAAAGCAGAGUGGGGCAGACAAGACGAGGUCAGUUUCAUGAGAGGGCAUCUAUCCACAGGACCAGCCCCCCGACCCACCCGUAGCACCGCAUACAUGCACUUGUCUGUGUACUUGAUGCAGGAUCAGCUGCCGCAGCAGACCAAUGGGUGUGACUGCGGCAUGUUCAUGCUGCUCUUUGCCUUCUGGAUCCUCACCAAUACGUAAGCACAGAAAGCCCUCGCACUUUGUCCGCUUAUCCACCUCUUGCUGCGUAUCUGUGCAGACCCCUGAAGGAGGUCGACUGGGAGAGAAGCGCGUCGUACGCCCUGUAUCGGACCGGACAGCGCGACCUCGAUCAGGCCGAUUUUAACACAAGGGCGCGGAGGCUGCUGAUACGUACACAGACACACUUAUGGAACAGCCAUACGAAAUGUCUGUGUGUGUGCUGUGCUGUGCUGUGCUGCAGGCGUUGAGUAUCAUGAGGGGCGAUCUGCCCAUGUAUGGAGACGACAGACAGGAAGACAAACAGACAGACAGACAAGAAGACAAACAGACAGAUAGAGAGACAAACAGACAGACAGCGAGAGAGAGAGAGAGAGAGAGAUAGGAUGCCUGAGGCUGUUGGUGCCGCUGCUGCUGCCGGGGGGUGGCCCUCGCGCUGGCCGCGGGUGAGGGAAGGGGAGGACCCUCGAGUGUUCACCAGUAUGGCCAUGAAGCUCGAUGAGGAGAACCCCGAGGUAGGCAGAAGUGUAGGGAGGCGCGCUGCAAAGUGGAGUUUUCUGUCUGAUGCGUCUGAUGUUCUGGUGCAGGAGUUCAACCUGUGGAUGCAAGCGAGCGGCGGCCCCGGCAUCCUGCUGGAGGCGAAAGCGCGGUGCGCGGACGUAAGUAACACAUGCGAGAGCUUCUACAAUGGAACUCUCAUAAGUGGCAGCACUGUACGCUUUGUUUCUCUGCUGCUGCUGUGUGCCUGGUACAGCAAAUCGCCAAGGAGGCGAGGGCGGAGGCCAAGGAGCUGACGGCUAAGGCUCAGGAGCUGACGGCCAAGCCCGACAAGGCACGGCCAGGGCCGCGGAGGCGAGGGCCAUCAAGCAAGGCAACAACGGCACCACGGCCCGCCCUGCUGGCCCUCAUACUCCCGCCGCCUAUCCGCCGCCCAUCUGCUACUACCACCUGCCCCCGGUCCAGCCCAAGGCGGUGCUGCCCAUGGAGUUCACGGCCUGGGGGUCGGUGGCGGUGAGGGGUCCGCCUCCCGUCCCCUCCCACGAGGAGGGGUGGUACCAUGACGACGUCAAUGGUCUCACCUGUGGGAGUGGGACGGGGAGGAGGGGCUGUGGUGGGUGAGGGGGGCCACCCAAGACUGCUGGAUGCGGUGCGUGAGCGGGUUCUGGUUCGGGCUGUGGGGGCUGGCUGGGGAAAGUAACCUCGUCUGUUCUGUAUGACAUGACUGGCUGUCUGUCUGUCUGACUGUCCGUCUGCCUGCCUGUCCGUUUGCCACCCAUUCGUCCGUCCGUCCGUCUGUCUGCCUGCCUAUCUGUCUGCCUGUCUGUCUGCAUUUUUGCCCUGUGUCCGAUAGUGUGGCCCCCUCACCCCCACCCUCACUCCCGCCACAACAGCCCCUCGGCCUCCCCCUCACCACCCUUACCACCCCCAGCUCCCUCUCUUAUCGAACGACAGAGAACCGCAACGGCAGCAGCGGCGGCGGCAUCCCACAGACCAGGCAGAUCAGCACGAGGAGGACCGACGAGGCCCGCAGGAGCAUGGCAGUCAUCUCGGAGACGGAGCUGAUGUGCGUGGUGCCGGCGAAUGUGCCUGCCGCGGAGACCUACGUGGUGUUUUUCUUGCGUCUGAUCUCCGGCGGGACGAUUCAGAAUCUCGAUCGAGGCCUGCUCACACACAUCUUCUACUACAGACAACCGGUGAGGGGAAACAAAAUGAAACCGACAAACCGACAGCCAAGUAAGUCCACGCCUCUGUGCUAUGUGCUCGUUGCAGGACUUCGAUGUCGAGUUGGCUGAGCCACUCUCUGGUCCCCUCACCGGCGGCACUCAUGUAUCGUUGUACGCCGACUCGACCACCGGGCGCGAGGAAAGCGAGGUAAGGAAGCGGUUCUGUGAGACAUUAACGCUGCGAAAUCUCAUUCAGGCUCUUCUGCUCAGGGCGUCCUCUGUCUGAUGUUCUGCUGUGCAGGAGUUCUGCCAGUGGGUGCAGGCGAACGGCAGCCCUAACAUCCUGCUGGAGGCGAAAGCGCGGUGCGCCGACGUAAGUGACACAUGCGAGACCUGCAAUGGAAACUUCGUAUGUGGCAACACUGUACGCUUCGUUUCUGUGAUAUGUUGCUGCGUGUAUGGUGCAGCACAAAUCCAACAAGGAGACGGCGAAGGCCAAGGAAGAGGACGACGUAAAUGGCAUGAUGCUGUGGGAGCGGGGAGAGGGCAACACAUGGUGGGUGCGGCCCGGCAAGAUUGGUGGAUGAGGAUGGUGUGGGGGCUUUACUCCAUAUGGUGGGGCGCCGACGUCGACAGAGGUGAGACACAGGAACAAUCCUGUCAGUCAGACAAGACGUGACAUUGUUUGGUCUCUUGUGCAGGCAGACUGUUGGCUGAUCGCUGUUUACAUUUUAUAUUUGGAUGUCUCGGCCAAAAUUCACUACCGCUUCCUGUACCGAAGGGUUGGUGCAAGUAUGUUGCGUUCUGUCACGGGAGGCCGUCCCGCCGAGGAGAGGAAGAGAAGGAGAGAGAGAGAGACGAUGAGCGCACGCACCGCCGCCGCUGCCGUCGUGAGGCAAAAACUCUUGAGUAGGGGAAUCGACCUGCCGGAUGUGUACAGUGACGACUGCAAGACCGUCGCGAAUAAGUACGACAUCCUCCUGCGCAACCACCCUGAGGUGAGGAGGGCAGAGAGGCGCAUGCACCAUUGCGCAGUGGCACCAGGGGCAUCGACAACGUUCAUUCGUUUGUUUGUUCUCUUACUGUAGGCUUACCGUGAGUGGAUGGGCUCGCUGCGCGGCACUCAGGAGGGGCGGGACUUUGCCCUAAUGGGCCUCAAAUACGUAGAGGAGCUGCAGAAGGUAUGUCAGACGCACAUCCAUCCACACGUGGAAUACGUGACACUCUGUGUGCUGUAUUCCAGAAGGAAAAGGCCGCCAAGGAUGCGAAGGCCGCCACGGCCGCGAAAGGUCCCACCGCCAGCACCACCCGCCAGCAGCAGACCACCCAGCAGCAGCAGGCCACACAGAAGCACACCCCUGCCCCAGCAGCGGCCACAAGUGGCCUCACCACCACCAUACCGCAGACCUACGUGCCGCCCUACAUGCCGCCGCCCUACAUGCCGCGCCGCCCUCUGCGUUCCCGCAGGCGUCCGAGCUCAUGUUCCAGUGUGCAGAUAUGA